UAAAAAACAAAGCACUCACAGUUGCAGAAGUAAGAAAUGGCAACUCUAGCUCAUCUCUCUCUCCUCUCAAAACCAUCACCACCACCACAACUCAAUAACCUCUUCUCCACCAUCCCUAGAACCCGGCUCAACCCACAAUCCAAACGCACCCGGUUCAAAUGCUUAGCCAGCCAAACCGGGUUCUUUACUAAACUAGGUCGUUUAAUAAAAGAGAAAGCCAAAAGUGAUGUUGAAAAAAUCUUCUCAGGUUUCUCCAAAACCAGAGACAACCUUGCUGUCAUUGAUGAGCUCUUACUGUACUGGAACCUCUCUGAAACCGACCGUGUUCUCGACGAACUCGAAGAGGCUUUGUUGGUGUCUGAUUUUGGGCCAAGAAUUACUAUUCAGAUUGUGGAGAAAUUGAGGGAGGAUAUAUUAGCAGGGAAGCUUAAAUCAGGGAGUGAAAUAAAGGAUGCACUGAAGAAGAGUGUGCUGGAUUUGUUAGAGAAGAAAGGGAAUAAAACCGAGCUUCAACUUGGAUUCAGGAAACCGGCUGUUGUUAUGAUAGUUGGUGUUAAUGGUGGUGGGAAGACGACAUCUCUUGGAAAGCUAGCAUAUAGAUUGAAGAAUGAAGGGGCAAAGAUACUGAUGGCAGCAGGGGAUACAUUUAGGGCAGCUGCCAGUGAUCAGUUGGAGAUAUGGGCUGAAAGAACUGGGUGUGAGAUUGUUGUGGCUGACGGAGAAAAGGCCAAAGCAUCAUCAGUUCUUUCUCAGGCUGUAAAGAAAGGGAAAGAACAAGAAUUUGAUGUUGUUUUGUGUGACACAUCUGGACGUCUCCACACUAAUUACAGCCUCAUGGAAGAGUUGAUCGCAUGUAAGAAAGCUGUAGGCAAAAUAGUUCGUGGUGCACCUAAUGAGAUCUUACUAGUGUUGGAUGGGACUACUGGUUUGAAUAUGCUUCCACAAGCAAGAGAGUUCAAUGAAGUUGUUGGAAUAACUGGUUUCAUUUUGACAAAACUCGAUGGUUCUGCUAGAGGUGGCUGUGUGGUCAGUGUUGUUGAUGAGCUUGGCAUCCCUGUAAAGUUUGUGGGUGUUGGAGAAGGUGUAGAAGACCUCCAACCCUUUGAUGCCGAGGCUUUUGUUAAUGCCAUAUUUUCAUGAGGCAAGUCUGCAUCAUUUGAAAUUAUGGCAAAUCUGAAUCAUGGGUGAUUAAUUUUCAAAGUUGCUGAAAAUUCUGGGCUACUUGGCAAGAACAGAGCACUGGGUUUUCUUAAUGGGGCCCUUGACAAUGGUUGCAUUGAACAAAGAGGCUGCAGCUACAUGCCAAUUUAUAUGUUUGAAACCUUCCUACUAGUUAGUGGAGUUGAACUACUAGAAGUGAAAAGUAUCUCAUGUCCACAUAAUCAAAAGUUAGCAAUUCGGAACACUAGUCAGAAUGAUACUUGUGGAUUUCAAGGCAAUGAGAGGUUUUUGAGAUGGUAACUAA